AACACAGGGAUAGGCUGUGAUCCAAGCAAAGCAGUAGCGGCGACGAGUCGUCUAGAUCAGAGUGACAGGGCGUUAUUUACAUGAUUAAAAUAUCAAAUAGACAAAUUUGAUCGAAUAAUAAAUAGAAACAUAUCUCACAAUCAGUUCGUCAUGGAGUCCUAUGACAUUAUAGCUAACCAGCCGGUUGUGAUCGACAAUGGUUCAGGUGUUGUCAAAGCUGGCUUUGCUGGAGACCAAAUACCUAAAUAUUGCUUCCCCAACUAUGUGGGUCGUCCUAAGCAUGUGCGUGUGAUGGCAGGAGCCCUGGAGGGGGACCUCUUCAUUGGACCCAAAGCCGAGGAGCACAGAGGUUUGCUGUCAGUGAGGUAUCCUAUGGAGCAUGGGAUAGUGAAGGACUGGAAUGACAUGGAGAGGAUUUGGCAGUAUGUCUACUCCAAGGAACAGCUGCAGACCUUCUCGGAGGAGCACCCUGUCCUCUUGACAGAGGCUCCUCUCAAUCCCAGUAAGAACAGAGAGAAGGCAGCUGAGGUUUUCUUUGAGACGUUCAACGUUCCAGCCCUCUUUAUCUCCAUGCAAGCAGUCCUUAGUCUCUAUGCGACAGGCCGUACGACAGGGGUGGUGUUGGAUGCAGGGGAUGGUGUGACCCAUGCGGUACCCAUAUACGAGGGCUUUGCCAUCCCACACUCCAUCAUGAGGGUGGACAUUGCCGGCAGGGACGUGUCCCGCUAUCUCCGGCUGCUGCUACGCAAGGAGGGCUACGACUUCCACACCUCCGCUGAGUUCGAGGUGGUCCGCACCAUCAAAGAGAGAGCCUGCUACCUGUCCCUGAACCCCCAGAAAGAUGAGACCCUGGAGACUGAGAAGGCCCAGUACACACUCCCUGACGGCAGCACACUGGACAUUGGUCCGGCCAGGUUCCGCGCCCCAGAACUCUUGUUCAGGCCUGACCUGAUCGGAGACGAGAGCGAAGGGAUUCACGAGGUGCUGGCUUUCGCCAUUCAGAAGUCUGACAUGGACCUCCGACGCACACUCUUCUCCAAUAUUGUACUCUCUGGAGGAUCAACACUACUCAAAGGUUUUGGGGACAGGCUACUAAGUGAAGUGAAGAAGCUCGCUCCAAAAGACGUCAAGAUAAAGAUCUCUGCCCCUCAGGAAAGGCUCUACUCUACGUGGAUCGGUGGCUCCAUCCUGGCCUCGUUGGACACCUUUAAGAAGAUGUGGGUCAGUAAGAAAGAGUACGAGGAGGACAGAGCGCGGGCCAUCCACAGGAAGACCUUCUAAGCCUCUGACCUGUAGCUGACCUAUUUGCCCUCUGCUACCCCCACACUACGCUCCAGUGCUCCUGUGUUCGUCCUCAGUUGCCCCACAUUACCAGUCUCUAACUGUCCCCACAUUGUCCGCCAUUGCUACCCUGUGUCAGCCCCCGCCGCUAGCUGCCCGCCCCUCUGCUUCUCCCAUCCUCUGGCCAGGGGAGUUUCAUUUUCACCACCUCAGUUCAGCAUGCCUUUUUCCACAACCCCCACCCCUGGGUGUAUGGAAAGAGCUGGGUUACCUUUAGUGCAAGCCUGUCAAUACUGUGGACUGUCUGUUUUUUUUUCUUUUUACUGGGGCAAUACUAUAUUCUACUGUAAUCAACCCUGAAGUAUUUAUAUUAUUACCAACUACCCUGUCCUGUACGAUACCUAGUGUCAUAUCAUCCAGUGACAAUGAAGGAUUUUCGUUGCAGAAAGAAUUCCAUUCCAAAAUGAAGAGGUUGUUUUUAGGUUUCAAAUACACAUGUUCAUGUAAAUGAUUUAGUAACCAUUGUUUAGGUUUUGCUUCCAUUUGUUGGAUUUGAUAAUUUUUCAGAUGAUGGUUAUGUCAGUUGGGUUAAAGAACCACUCUGUUUUAAUUUGGCUCAUAAAGAGUCAAUUAAUUCAUCGGAAACCUUUGGAAAACCUCAACCCCUCCCACAGGUGUUCAACACCGAUGACAACUGGACAUGUUUAGAUGGCAGCCGUGCCAUCACAACCGUAUAUUGAUGUUGCAAAAUGUAGUACCUCCUUUCAGUUAGCAGUUUUGUUUUUUUCUGUCUGAAAAUGACAUUUGUAAAAUGGUUUGAUAAGUGUUGAUGAUGUACCCAACCCAAUGGUUACUAUUUCCAUGUGCCCGCCGAAGAUUUGGAACCUAAACUCGGGGACCGGUUAAAUUGAUCUUCUGAAUGCUUUGUACAAUUUAAAACCGGACAAGGUGCAGUCCAUAAAAGGUAGCAUGAAGGCUUACAUCUGGUUUGUUCCUGAUCUUACUGGUCUGUACUGGUCAUGGGCCGAUCGGAGUGCUGUGUGCUUGGACGUGUCCAACUGUUGGGUCCAUGUUUCUCCUACCCACUUCGGGGGCGUGGAUGUCUCCCCUCGACCCUACAACCUAUGUGCCUGUGCAGGUGUGCGAGGUGGAGGUGUUUGUAGAUGCUUCUACCUAUCAAAACCUUCAGGUCUUUUCAGCUGCACAGGGUGUUGAACGGGGUCUGGCUGAUUUGCUUUUCAGAAAUGUGUGAGGGGUUUUCUCAUCCCGGAUAUGUGGUUAGCUACUACCUGGAGUAUACUCUGAAUUCACCGUCGGGGUCAGGCGUUAAGGGUCUGGGUCAAGCUAGGGAUAUUGUGGAAGGCCACAACGGCCCUGAGGUGAAUUUCUUCUCCAAAGGCUCCACAUUUGGCUACAUGGGAACCAAGGCGGGGAUCACUUGAUCUGCCCUUUGAAUUCAUUUAAUAUACCAUUAGUGUAUGUAUUUGGAUAGAGAAAUUGACCGAGCAAUGGGCAGUUGCUAUAGACCGUAGUAGGACCAUUUUCAUAAUAAGUUUGUAGAAGCACAAGGAGUAUCAGUUCGUUUUCUACCCUCAUGCACCAGUAGAAGUGUGUUAUUACGGCUAAUCAAGUUUGCCUGUGUCUCAGUGGAAGUAAGGUUGUCCAAAUCUGUCUGCCUUACUUCUGUGCCCGGCAUUGAAAAGUCCACUAGCUUCUGGAUGGUUUUUAAAAGGUUCUACAAUUCAACAGCCUUGUGUACAGUGGAGUGCUUUUCAAAAAGUCAACAACCAAGAAAAUUUAAACGGGACAAAAAAAUGUACAAUACUGUUCAAGUGUUGCUUUUACUUUUUAUUUUGUAAAUUCAGUAUAAUAAAUAAGUUAAUUACUGCUGUU